AUGGUUGGCAGUUACGGGAGGUUGUGUGAGCAAGUUCCUACUCGUGAAGGAAGCCAGGGAGCAGCAGCUCUCACCCUUAAUGAGCCCAAGGAGCGCUCUGGUGUGGAUGGGAUAUGUGCUAUAUUGAGUGAGAGGGAUCUCCCAGCGGACUCAGCCGUGUUGACGAUGGUCCUCACUCUAUGGGGAGGCCUGUCACAAGAUGACCUCAGCACUGAAGCACUCGACGCAGCUAUCAUGAGCCUCUGCGGCCUCACUGAGUUGCCUCCCGUUGUCGCCGAGCAGGAGCCAGAAGCAGCGGCUGCUAAGCUGUCCCUACCGCCUUCGCAUGACCUUUGGCUGUCCGACGUGCCACAGUUCCCAGACAAAAACUACUGCGUCCUCACGCAGCCUCAUGACCUCCCUCAGAGCAACUUCCUCUCAUCUAUGUUCACCCAAAUCCGCCCUAAGAUUGGCACUAGCUUUCAUCACGUUCUAUACCUCGCCCAUCGCGACUCUUUCUUUGCCCGGAUAUCGGGCAGUCCACUGCUACUCGCCGACCGCAACCCUCAUUGGGAAGUCGCCGUGCUCCCUCCCAGCUCAGGCCUUGCCUCUCUUGACUGGUCGAAGCUCGAGCCUGUGGCGUCUUCCAUCACUGACAAGCACCGAGACUCCUUGCAACAGUAUGCUUUCGUCUGCUCACCCUACAGGAACCGUUUUGCUCACAGGCGCUACCAAAAUGACGAGAUUAUUGUCAUUACAGUCCUCCUCGACGCUCAGCCUGUUGCAAUGGUCGGGGUAGAGAUGAUCACCAGUAACGACAAUGAAGCGGAUGCGAUAGACAUGUUACGAUACUGCUACGACGUAGACCAGUACCUCUCCCCUGCUGCAUAUAAGGGCUCUGGCUCUUGCUGUCGGCUCAUCCACUGGAGCAUCAUCCCGAUACUCAUCGGACAGACCAGAAGGAUACUGAACAUGGCCAAUACUGCACUGGGAACUCGACUCAUGUCCAUCGCGGUUAGUAACAGUCUUAGUCACGUCGACUCUAGACUGUCUUUGGCAAGCUCAUCUGGGAGAAGUGGCAUUCUUGAUGAAUUUAUGGACGAGUCAGACACUCCUACAGCACGAUGGCAGCAGCGAGAGUGGAGGGAGAGUAUUGGUGGUAGGCAAGAGAAAGCUCUCGAGAAUCAUGGAAAGCGGCUCCGAUUCCUCGAGGGAACACUACGGGACGCUCAUACGCAGUGCGAGUCCAUGAAGAUCCUCGCGAAAAAGAUGAUACUCUACAAGAAGUGCAUCGUCAACGCGAGAAUAAUCGUCGUUGGAGCUUCUGAUACUGGCCUGUCAACCCUGUCAUCGCUGAUGUCGAUGCCCAGGCUCCACUUUACCUCGCUCACGCUAUUGGCACCCGGGGGGAUCAGCUAUUUCCUGGAUGAUGAGCUAGACCCACUCACCGAUCAAGAAGCCUCUCUGUCACGUCUGUUCAAGAGCCAGGCGUCCGAGAGAGGCCACACAGCGUCGCUCCGCCAAGUGAGGCGUUUGACUGCCACUACUGGCGCAUUCUCCCCUCGGGAGCUGCGCCGUCUCAUGAUGGACUCUCGUGUGCGCAUACUAGAUGCGAGGAUGAUAUCCCUCAAUCGAGGCGCGAAGACUAUCUCUGUGGUGCCAAGUUGUUUGUCAUCCGCCGACAGCUCAUGUGACAAGAUUCUCGGAGAUGGUUCUAUCCUGCUCAAAUCUCUGAUAUGGAAUCCACUCAGCUACGCGGUUAUCUACGGGAGAGCUCUCGAUUCCUAUUGCGCGAUUCAAGGUUUGCUCGGCAGACUUGUCCCUCCUAAGAAGAUCGUGCUGGUCCUACCGCCCAGAAGAAGUCGUGAGACUAUCGCGGAUGAGGACGAAGUACUGCCUGUGGACGCCUUUGAAGAAGGGGAGGCUGUUGAGCAGAAGUUGCACAGCGUUCUGGAGAGCAUCGGAGUACGGGUCCAUAGUGACCUCACUCUGACAGGAGUGGAGCAAGACACCAGGCAACGGCUUAGUGCAGUCAGGCUCAUCGGGUUACCUGCUGAUACGGAUAAGUCCGAAGAGCCGCAGGGAACACGAGGAGGACCAGUAUGUCCUCGCCUAGCUCUGUGUGCUCUGUACGUUGAUACCAGAUACAAGAUCACUUGCCGAGUUUUGCUCACAGCUGAUGGUCACAGCGUGGACCCGAGAAUAUUCUCGUGCAUUUACGCCAAUGAGCUUGUGUAUGACGGACGUCUCAUUGUGGACCACCUCUUCCGAACCAUAGACGAAAAUAUCUUCGCUGCCGGCACUCUCUGUGAGUUCUCCCGUCGGUAUGUAGAAGCUCAAGAUGGCUACAAUGGUCGUGAGGUUGGCGGCAGGCUAGCUGAGGCCAUUGUCAAGUAA